UGUGCGUUUGACUCUCGUCCACCAACAUCAUCAACGCCAUGACCCCUCUGCUGCUCGGAGCCGUGCUCCUGGGAAACCUGGGUGUCUGUGUCACAGCACAAGUGCUGGUGAUGCUCACUCCACCUGCCCAGGUAAGGUUUGACUCCAUGGACUAUAAAAACAUUCUGCACUGGACUCCGCCCACCAACAACACCUCACUGCGGUACUACGUCCAGUGGAAGAUUUACGGGGAGCCUCAGUGGGUGGAUGUGGAUGGCUGUCAGGGGAUCAAGAAGCAAGAGUGUGACCUAAGUGACGUGACCUCUGAUCUCAGAGAGUGGUACUACGCCAGAGUGCACGCUUCCUCUCUUCCCUCCAGUAAAUCAGCUUGGGCCCUCUCCCCCAGAUUCAGCCCACGUUGGGACACCCAAAUCAGCCCACCUGCACUGAGACUGAAUGUCACAGAGCAAAAGGUUGUGGUCCGUGUGAAAGGCCCCCACCCGCUGGUCCGGAAGAUGCACAGCAAACUGCACUACAAGAUCUUCCUCAUACACACCAGUGGAGAGGAGGAAGUGUUUAAGAUGGACUGCUGCUCUAACAAGCUGACUCUGAAGGAGCUGGGCCACAAGGCAAAGUACUGCCUCCAGGCCCAGACUGUGAUCACCUCCCAGGCCAAGAGCAGCGUUCGUAGCUCUCUGAAAUGUGUCACUAUGCUCUGAUCACAUGCAGACAAACAUGAUACUCUGAAGGAGUGGACCUGUCAUCCAUCAGUUUCACUUACCCAUCGCUACCUCGACGGCUGCAGCCACAAAUAUCUGUGCCAAUAAAAAGAGUGAUGCACUUUAUUAUUCAUAGCAUUAAGGAUCAGAUGCGUGGUUUGAAGUGUAUUGGUUAAACUUUCACUUUGAACCAAACAUUUGACUUGUAUCAUUUCAGCAUUCAGGACACUGUAACUCCACUGUUCACUCAGAAGAAGCUUCUUUCUUUUUCUUUUUUUUGUUCACUCAAGGUCUUCUUACCAGCUUUUUUCCUCACUAGUGAGGGGACCUUGAGUUAAAUAUCCACCAGCUCAGCUUUCUUCAAUGGUAUUUUAUUUGGUCUUUACAUUUCUAUUUGUUUCCCAUGAAUGGAGGAAACAUUAUACAAUUCUGACGAGAGUCUCUGUGUCUUUCCUUUAAGUAGCUCUAAAGAAUGCCAUAGAUAAUCUACUCUCCAUAUUUGGUAUAAUAUCUAACAGAAGUGGGAAGAGAGGGAUGUGUGAACAUUCUAUUGGUUCGUUAAUCAUAAACAAGUGAACUUGAUUUACGCAUUCAGAUCAACUAUCAAGGACUCUUCAGAAUGUGACAUCAUGCACAUUUGCUUGCAUUGAUGAUUCCUCCGUUCUCCUUGGCCAAGCUCAAUAAACAUCUUCAGCAUAAGACAUCUAGGGCUCCAGUGGUCUUUCCUUCUCUGAAAACCUCAACCAUCGAUGAUAACAUUUUCUCCCUAACAGUAAUCACCACUCUUUGUGCUACAGCUGGUUUGUAUCCAGUCGACCCCCAAGGAUGUGAAUGUGAUCUUAAGCUUUUAGCAGGGAGCUUUCUUCAAAUUUCAAAAACUGUGCUUAGAUAGGAG